AUGACGCAUAAUUUUAUUGACAUAGCUCCCUUGGAUCUAGGUACCACAGGACUUGCACUAGCUCAAGGAUUCAAGAAGGCCGGAAUUGCAUGCACCAUAUUUGAGAAGCACAAGAGCCUCAAUGCAUUACCGAGGGACUGGAAUAUGGGCCUCCAUUGGGGCGCCGUAGCCCUACAGGGAGUCCUCAGCUGUGAACUAUGGGACCAGAUUGAGACUGUCCAUGUCGACCCGAGCAAGCCGGUACCGGAAAAGGACGUGCUGAAAUUCAUCAACUCCAGCAACGGAGAGCUCAUGUCAGAAGUGCAUGUCUCCAAGUUCUACCGCCUACGUCGUAGCAAGCUGCGGUCCUUGCUCGACGACGACCUGGAUAUCCAGUACAACAAGGCUCUCAAGGACAUAACGAUGUCGAGGGAUGGCCGGACGGCCACGGUUCACUUUGAAGACGGCACCUCUUCCACCGGCCAGUUCGUCAUUGCUGCUGACGGGGCCCGUUCAACCGCCCGCCAGCUCCUGCUCGGCAAGAAAAGAGGCGCCAUACGGCGUCUGCCGUACGCAGCAACUUUUGUGCAUGCCAGAUUCACAGCCGAGCAGGCCCUGUAUCUCCGCAGCUUUCAUCCUCUCUAUAUCGCUGGCAUCCAUCCCUCCGGGUACUUCUCGUUCUUCGGCAUGCACGACGCCGAGGACCCAGACAGGCCCGAGACAUGGACGUUCUUCUUCUAUAUCUCGUGGAAAUACAGCCUGGAAGAACAAGACCGGACCUCCUCCUGGUCCAACAAGCAGCGUCUCGACCAGGUCAAGUCCUUCGCCAAAGACUUCUGCGACCCCUGGAAGAGCGCGUUUGAAUGGAUACCCGACGACCACCAGGUGUGGUACAUGGGUCUGACUGAUUUCGACCCAGGCUCAGAUGGCCAUUACUGGAACAACCACGGAGGCAGAGUGACGCUCGCUGGCGAUGCUGCUCAUGCCAUGACAUAUCAGCGCGGCCAGGGGCUCAACCACUCCGUCACUGACGCCGCGAAGCUUGUAAAUGCUGUCACGGACGCGGUAUCCGGCCUCUCAUCCCAGGCUACCUCGAUAUCAGCGUACGAGGACGAGAUGAUUGCCAGAGCCGGAACUGAGGUCAGGCUGUCGACUGUCAAUACCGAGAUGUUGCAUGACUGGGAGCGGGUGCUCGCGUCUCCAGUGCUGACAUCGGGAAUGAAACAUAAACACUGA